AUGCGAGAGCGCCACAGCGUAGUGCCAGAUGCCAUUUGCUCUACAUUUGGUGGAGUGGUCGACGAGGUGGCGCAGUGCAUACAAUCCCUCGGCGGUCUCUUCCGUCCCCAUGAGUAUGUGGCUGGGCCUUGGCAAACCCCUGUCGAUGUUGUGAAGCAGGUUCUUCAGUUCCGGUCCGAGUGGAAUGAAGUUCUACCUUUGCGUCAGCAGCUCGACCUUGUGCGGCGUGUCUGCAGUAUUUUACUCUUAAGUUGCAGUGAAGCAAAUGCGGCCGCUGUGUCUCGCCGCUUAUGCCAGGUAUUGUCCUCUCCAAUGCGGGAUUUCCUCGCAAUCGACAGUGCGCAACUAUGCCGUUCAAUCGCGGUCAUUGCCGAAGAGGAUGCCACACUCUUUGACGCCGUCGGUGUCCAUUUGGUCCACAUGAGCCCUGUGCAGCGCGUGGCCAUGCGAGAGUUCCACCAGACCAACCCCGAGAUCACGCUCUUGAUGUCAGCUCUGGUGACAAGCAAGGGAUUCUCCAUUGAAGGAGAUGCGCCGCGCGUAGCAGACUUCCAUAAUCAGCUCAAGGUGUUGAUUGGCAGCCAGGGUUUGGUGCCGCAGCAGUUGGAGGUGCAGUUGGUUGCGAUGGUCUUGGGCGCGCCUGUGCCUGCUAAGGCCAUCUGUACACAGCUCGGCUCCGCGAAUCAAGGGCGGCCAGAGACAGUGAAUCAGCAGGAGCACCAGCAGCGAAACCCAGUCAAAGCAGACGAUCGUUUGAAAAAGCGUAGGUUGGCCGUGUGGGAGAGUUUCUUGCAAGUCCUUCGCUUUCAGCCAUUGUGGGGCACACAAGCGAUGCUUCAGAGUCUCGUGGAUAGGCGGCUUGUGCACCGGAUCCAUCGGUGGUUCCUCGAAACGGCGACCUUAGAAAACGCGCGCGCGCCAGGAGAUUUGCAGCGGUGUUUUUUUGUGGACUUGUUGCCCACAGCAAUUGCCCGGAAUGACCAUGAAGUGUCACUUGCACUGUCGUCUUUGGACCACUUGGCCGAUUUUGCAGCUCGCCUAGGUGUGGCUCAGAGUACAGCAAUAGGGGCCGACCAGUUUCAGUUUGCGCAUCCAGCAUUCGAGGAGAUGUUCCGGAGCCUCUUCAAUUAUUGGAACCAGCCUGACGUACUCCAGAUGUGCGUAUGUCCAGCUUUGGAGGCGAUGCACGGGCAAUUGCUCAACUUGCGAUCUCAGCACGCACAGAGCACAUGUCUACAUCAGAUCUUCAACGCGGAACAGAUGGCUGUGUUCUUGCAGUAUGCCGUGGAUUUGUCAGCACACACAUUCUGCGGAUCAGACAUGGACACCAUCGGCGAAUCGCUCAGGCAUGCUUCUACGACCAUAUUGGCCCUAAUCGGCGCCGUCGUCAACUCGGAGUUCCUGAAGGCGACGCUGAGCAAUGAAGGCGACGUUUUGAAGCAGGUUUUGCAGUUUUUGCCACGCUACAAUGCAGGCUUAUGGUGCUGCACCUCGGGCAUCCAGAUGCUGGCAAGCUGUUUCGGGGCGGUCCGCAGCAGGGAAGAAUACGAAGCACUCAGCAUGGCGCUGCAGUGCGCGCAGUCCUAUGAAGACGUUGCGGGCAUGACAGCGUUCCUGGGGAAGGCGAAGGAGGUUUGCACUGUAGUUCCUUCGCUGGUCGAGGCUGCGAAGGCUGGCGGCGCCGAACUUGAAUGCCUGUUGUAUUACUGCGAGGUUUUCCGCGUUAAGUCGAGCAUGGAUUUUUGUUGGCACCUUGCACAUGCCAAUGAGCCCGCGUCUGCCGCGGCAGCAUUUGCUUGUCUGGCGAAUUUCGGGUUUGGCGUGCCAAGAUGCUUAACGAGGUCGAGGCAGGCAAACGAAACAGAAGAGAAUGCAUGGUGGCGGGUAUUGUUUAACUUGCGUUUUUCAGCUGACCGCGGACAUUGGAUAGCUCAAACUGCGAACAUGUUGGGCAAGGAAUUUCAAGCGUUACUUGCAUACGUUCAAUCGUCACGGACCUUCCCCAAGAUGAAAGGUUUUCACAGCCGGGUCACUUGGACAUCUUGUGCAAUGCGCGUUUUGACUGCUACUGCAGCCGCUGCCUGGGAGGAGCCGAAUUGCAUGUCGAACGUGCUAUUGCCGCCAGCUUGCAUCCUUGCGCAGACUUUGGCUGACUGGUUGGUCGAGGCUGCUCCAGGCCCUGUCCCGCCCAACAUCGACGACGAAGAAGCAUUGUUGGCAUUGGCUGGUGUCCUCUGCAGCUUCUUGGGACAGUUCGAGACGAUCAGUGCGCGCGCCAGUCAGAUGCUCUUAUCUACCUGCAUCAGUGCACGCCCUGUUGGUCAGAAGCUCCGCGCGGCAGCGGACCAAAUGAAAGCGUUGCCCUCGAUGUGCGUGGAGAUGACACCAACGGAGCUCUCCAAUCGGGUAUCCUGGGUCGUUUUUAAUCGAACGGCCACACAGUUUGGAGAAGUCCCCCUGGAUGGUCACGCGCAUCUCAAUGCUCAGAGCUGCGUCAGGUUUGACACCGCAAACGGAUGA